AUGGUUAAUUCUGCUGCUAGCUCUCAAAACGUGGAGGAUUCGUCUGCUUUGGAUGUUGAUGGAUACAUUAUGGUUACAAAAAAAGCUGGAAAUAAUGGGAAAUUUGUCUCUAAUGGGAGUGGUAUAGUGGGUAAACAUCCUAAUGCUUCCAGGAACCAAAGAGUGAAUGGGAAUGGUGGGAUUAAUAAAAGGGGAAACUGUAACAGUCGAAAUAAUGGUAAAAAAGGUGAGAAUGGUAUAGGACAAGGAGGGAAUUUGAAUCGUGGGAGUGUUAGCCACUGGAAUUAUUCAACAAAACAAGAAUUUACUAUUACAAACAACAGAGCUAAUAACUUAGAUAAGCAGUGGCAAAAUGGGAAUGUUAGUGGGGAAGCUAUUAAACAAGGGAAAAGUGAGGUUAAGGGUAUGGGAAUGAAGGAAACCUUGAAGGAUGACACUAUUGGUAGUUCAAAGAACUGUUUUGAUGUUUUGAAAGAUAUUACUAGUGAGUUUGUGGACUGUAUGGAGGAAAAUAUUAGGUGCCAAUAG